AUGUUGCUUCGCACAGUCUUAUGGCUUUGCUUUCUUUUAGUUGCUCCUUCCGAGGGCACAUUAGAAGUAUUUCAAAUUUAUCAGCCUGUCCAAUACGGUGGAGUUGACGGCACACAUUGUAACCAAAAUGUGCUGCUGAUGGAGCAUGUGUUUGCCUCGAGCUAUGGACACCCCUUUAUAGGAUACUACAGCCCCCCUGAAUGUGAAUUCGACACGGUUAAGAUUAACCUUACGGUUACCUCCCAAGGUCGCCAAUUUGAUCGGUUAGCAAUUCUUUUUCUUGGUGAUACAGAGGUAUUCCGAACCUCGACAGCGGAACCUACGGCCGACGGAAUUGUCUGGGCCUAUAUAAAAGAUAUGUCGCAGUAUAACGCACUAUGGCAGAUACAGCAAAAACUAAUUUUCGACCUUGGAAAUAUCAUAAAUGAUAUAUAUACCGGCCCUUUCAGUGUGACCCUGACUGCAUACUUCUCCUGCGAGGGUCAUGCCAGAACCGCAGAUGUAAUUCUCCCAAUAUCCGCUAGGAAGUCAGCCUCCAACUUGUCGAGUGUCUUUACUGUUCCUGGAGAUAAUACAAAGACACUGUACCAGAUACCUCCUAAUACUUCGCGUGCAGUUGUGUCCAUUUCCGCAUGUGGUCAGUCUACUGAGGAGUUCUGGUGGUCCAAUGUCUUCUCGUACGAUACGGAAGCUUUCAAUACCACAAUGGGCGAGCUUUAUGGUUACUCCCCAUUUCGCGAAGUCCAACUCUAUGUCGAUGAUAUCCUUGCUGGUAUUAUAUGGCCAUUCCCUGUAAUUUUCACCGGAGGGGUUGCACCAGGUUUCUGGCGCCCGAUUGUUGGGAUAGACGCCUUUGAUCUGCGACAACCUGAAAUCGAUAUCUCGCCCUUCCUCCCCAUUCUCAAAGACGGACAGCCUCAUUCUUUUGAGAUUAAGAUUGUCGGCUUGAGUGUUGCACAAAACGGGACCGUUACGCUCUCCGACAGCGUCGGUUCAUACUGGGCUGUGACGGGAAAUAUCUUCCUGUAUCUGAGUGAUUCUGCCUUGGAUAGUACAAGCCUCGGAACGGAGAAGCCCUACGUUGAUGCACCUACUCCGCAAUUCAAAGCCACGCGGAGCCUUGUCCAGAAUCAGACUGGAGGGAAUGACUCUCUGGCGUACUCCGUUGUUGGUGAAAGGACCCUUUCUAUAAAAUCAUCCGCAUUUCAAUGGAGUCAAAACCUCACGUAUUCCAAUUUUGGUCUGUUUAGCCAGCAAGGCAUGAGCCAAUCGACCAAUCAACACACAUCUGGAAGGUCUACUAUCAUAGCCUUUGGAGCUAACCAAACAUCAAAUGAGGUCCAAUUCGAAUAUCCCUUGUCUGUGAAUCAGACGUAUCGCCCUACCGAUGCGGGGCAAUCUAUCCACGCUUGGAUGAGUAGGGGUCUCGACAUCAAAACAACAGGGGCAACCGGUAUUUCUACUUAUACUCUCACUUCGGGACCAUCACGCUUGCACACUCAACAAUGGGGCGAAGCAUUCUAUCAACCCACGGAUAACAGCUCAAUAUCUUUUGGUGAUACAACUGAUGUAUUUGAGAGCAACAGUAUCCUCGGUCACUACAAAAGGUCAGUUCGAGCAGUGAACGGGAGCGUUGUAUCCGAUACAGAUGAUAGAGAUGACCAGCCAUCAAAGUCAAAUGACUAUAGCGACCAUAGCUCUUUCUUGAAGUAA